GCUACAACGAGUACGAUGAAGAAUGAACUAGAAGAUCCAAAGAUCCCACGACUCUGAAUAUCGAAGCUCAACAUUUCAGUUAUUACCCAGCGACCGUACUAGUACUACGUUCUUAGACAGUAUUUUUCAAAACUCAAAACGUUUUAACGGGAUGUAAGCUAAGUAGUUCAUUGACGAAGUGAAACUUGAUUUACUUACGCAUUAGCAAAGGAAGGCGACAUCUUCAAAAAAGACAUCAAGAUGGAGGUAGACCAAACAGCGCUGGAUGAGGCCACCGCCUUGGAGAGCGUGGGGGAUGGCGAGAAGGCAAUCAAAGCCUACUAUCAAAAGGAAAAAUCCCCCCUCCCCAUAUCGAAAAGGCAUGUUUCCGAAAAUUUGUGUUGCUGAUUUGAGGUCACAAAUCACAUUUGUCUUGCAAGGAGACAAGGGCAGAAGCUUGCGCCCCACUAUGGAAGCGAUUUGUCAUGCUGUUGGGCCUAAAGGGGAGCCGUUUGCCAUGCUAAACAACUAGACCCAUAGGCCCCUAUCUAGCUGAGCAUCUGGCCGCAGUGCUUCUCUGCAAUACAAACCUGAUUUGUGUACUCAAAUACAGCAACACAAAUUUCGUUUUCGAUAUGGGGAGGGGGGAUUUUUCCUUCUGAUACCUACCGAAAGCUGAUUUUUGACAGUCCGCUCCCGGAAUCAGAGCAGGAAGUGAAAGACCUGGAGCUCUCUAUAACCCGCUCAGGAAUUAAAUUCAGCGAUAUUUUGAAAAAAAGCGAGCCGCUAUUUCUCAAAUCGUCGCCAUUUAAAGUCGCUACUUCAAAGCCCAGCUCUUAAGCUAGCUGGUCCGAAGGUCUUCCAGUUCUCUUGUUGAUGUGUCCCUAAACGGUAAGUCCGCCGGUGGUAUGGCGAAGGUGCCGGCGCGGUUUCGAUCUUUGGAAAGGCAACACUUUAUACAAGAGAAGAGCAAGCUUUUUCUGCAAGAAAACCUGGAUGAGGAAGCACCCCCCCUCCAGGGGGGGCGUUAACAUCUGAAAUCAAUCGACCUCAUACCGCCGUGGGAAGGGUCCAAGAAUGGACCCAAAAACCCGGCCCGUUUCUGCCGGAUCCGGAAAAGUAGUUUUUUCACAGGUCCGAAAGGAAAAAGAGACCCCGCACCGUCGUGGUUAGCUUUUCAAAAUCUCCAAAAGUGCGCUUUUUUUGUUAUAUUUUAGGUUUUUUCACAGGUCCGAGAGCUCCGAGGACCAGCAUAGCACGCGGAUCAACUUUCCAAUUUGAUCAAAAUUGGCGAUGGUUGUUUUUUUCGGUUUCAAAGACGAAAAAGGAAAGCAGUUGCUUUUUUUUCAAACUCGUGCUGAAUUUAAUACCUGAGCGGGUUAUACUCUCGAUCUACAGGCUCGCGAACUUCUACGCAAAAAAGGAGCAGGUAAAGGACUCAUGAGUUUCUAUUUCGUGCGAUUUGAUGAAUUCUGACUAUAAUUUUUUCAUCACCUUUGGUACGCUUCGACUUCUUCACGUCUUCCAUUGAUUUGUUUCAUGCAGGUAAAAAACCUCGUGGCACUUUGCAAGGAGAUCCGGCCGCUUUUCAUUCACUUUCCGAAAGUGAAAACCGCGAAAAUAGUCAGGACGCUCAUCGAUCUCGUCUCACGAAUUCAAGGAGACAAACCAACUCAGGUAUACUUUUUGUAGCGUUCUCAAAGUCUUAUGUUUUCGUGCCUCUCCUAUUUAGGUCUGCAACGUCACUAUCUAAGCCUAAGAGUCAUGAAACGCGUCCGCAAUGCAAUACUUACUUUCUCAAUCGAAAACUGAACCAGCUUAUUGCCGACCUGUGUCUGGAUUGCAUAAAUUGGGCCAAAGCGGAACAGCGAACGUUUUUGAAGCACCGAGUGGAAACGAGGCUAUGCAGCAUUUACGUGGAUAUGAAAAAGUACGAGAGCGCACUGCAGCUGCUGCAGCUCGUACUGAAGGAGGUCAAACAGCUGGACGACAAAAUGCUUCUUGUCGAAAUCCACCUCAUCGAGACGCGGGCGAACUUCAACUGCGACAACCUACCAAAAGCCCGAGCAUCCCUCACGGCAGCAAAAACCAACGCGAAUGCCAUCCACUGCCCACCACUGCUUCAAGCAGAAAUCGAUCUGUGGAGCGGUAUAGACACAUCACAGAAAUAUGUGUAUGAGGUGUAUCAGGAUCUUUGGUCGACGCAUUUACUACAACAUGCUUGCAUAAUAUGGUCGACGGCACUUCAUAACAAAAACACAGAAGAUAUUUAUGAUUUCCCUUGUACGUGUACCACUCUUUUUUCCACACAAAACAGGCAUUGUGAGCAUGCGGGAAAAGGACCCACGGACCGCCUUUUCCUACCUUUACGAGGCUUUCGAGGCCUUUCAUGCUAACAAAGACGAGAGCACGCAUACCAGCAAGGACUACUGCUACGUGAGAGCGCUGUCUGCCUUACGGUGCCAACUUUUGUGCCGCAUCAUGCAGGACGAGCCUGCGGGCGUGAAAACCAUCGCGCAGCAAAAGAACAUGCUAAACUAUCAGGGACACGACUCCGUGCAAGCAAUUUUGAAAAUUGCUGCCGCGUAUGAGGACAGAUCACUGAAGAAGCUUGAGAAGGUAUUGACUCACUUGUUACUCGGGUUGUAUUUCCUAGCACACAGCAUUUUGAGUUUUUCCGUUUUCAGGAACGCUGACACCGCCUUCAUCAAAAAUAGAUAUUUACCUACAAAAUGUCGUGGCUUGUGCAUCAUGAAGACGAGAGCUAAUAUUACUAAAGAACAUUGUAGGUCCUCGCGGAUCACCCGGUAGAGGACCCAGUGAUCCAGUACCACUUGCGGGAUUUGUACGACACUUUUCUCGAGAAGAACUUGCUGAAGAUCCUCGAGCCCUUUUCUGCGGUGGAGUUGUCCCGCGUGGCGGAGCUGAUCGAGCUCGGAGUCGACAAAACCACGAUGAAGCUCUCGCAGCUCAUCUUGGACCAGAAGCUCGCCGGCACGUUAGACGAGGGCCAGGGCAACUUGAUACUCUUCCCGGAACGAAAACUGCGACCAACCUGCAAGCACAUCCUGGAAACCAUCAAGCAUGAGUCCGACUGCAUCGACAGUUUGGCACUGCUGUCGAAGAAAAUCUUCGACUGAAGUGCUGGACAACAGCGGAUUAAAGUGAUUUUGUUGAAUUGCUUGAUCCGGUUGACGACAUCUAUCAAGGAAGUGACUUCUUUGCGUCAUCAUUCACCCCUUACGACUUUUUAGAAUCAUGGACAUGUGGUCUUUUUCAAAGCCUGCGUGCGACAUCUUCUUGCGUAUCCCGCAGGUUGCCGAGGCCCGCCCCGGUUCUCGCAGAACCGCGAGUACUACGACAUGUUUGAUGCUCUGUGAAGCGCACGUAAUAUGAAACAAGACAGCUAUCUACAAGGCGAACAUCAUUCACG